UCACAUGCUGAGCUCGGCGCGCGCGCAAACACACACACACACACACACACACACGAUUGUAUAUAAGUGAACUUUUUAAUAGCGGUUUAUUUUUAAUAAUAAAUCCUCUCAGCACACACACACACACACACACACACGCACCCCGGAGCGGACAUGGCGGAGGAAGAGCAGUGUGUUGACUUUCUGCUCGCUUGUCUGAAUAAAGCAACAGAUCCCGAGAACCCGUCAGAGAGAUGGGACUGCAUGCAGGAGUUCUACCAACAUGUUAACACACACCCCAACGGGCCCCAGAUUGCGACGCGACUCUUGGCUCAUAAGAUCCAGUCUCCUCAGGAGAAGGAAGCUCUUCAGGCUCUCACUUUGUUGGAGGUGUGUAUGAAUAAUUGUGGGAAACGUUUCCACAGUGAAGCGGCAAAGUUCAGAUUCCUGAAUGAACUCAUUAAAGUUCUGUCUCCAAAGUAUCUGGGUGUGUGGAGCACAGAGCAGGUGAAGCAGAGAGUGACGGAGGUUUUCUACAGCUGGACUCAGUGGUUAAAGGAUGAGCCGAAGGUGCAGGAGGCGUACAGCAUGCUAAAGAAACAAGGAAUAGUGAAAAAAGAUCCCAAACUUCCUGACACUAUCGCAAUGCCUCCACCGUCUCCACGACAGGAAGUGUCUGUGUUUGAUAAUGAUGAUAAAUCAAAGCUGUUGUCACGGUUACUGAAGAGCGGCCGUCCAGAAGACCUGCAGAUGGCUAACACUCUGAUAAAGAGCACACUACAAGAGGAGCAGGAGAAGGUGGAGAAAGAGAACAGACGUGUUAAUACCCUUCAGGAAGUGGAGAAGUGCACAUCGCAGCUUAAACUCCUCCUGAGCCAGCACCACACACAGCCCACUCCGGAGAUGCAGGAUCUGUAUGAGCGCUGUGAUAGGCUGAGAUCAAACCUUUUCCGAUUGGCCAGUGACACCGUGGACAACAAUGAGGCUUUAGCUGAGAUCCUGCGCAGGAAUGAUGAACUCACACAUGUGAUAACUCUGUACAGAGAGAAAACACAGAAACCACAAACGGAGACGGACACGACGCUGGUGAGUCCUGUGAAGUCGUAUCACCUGAUCGAUUUCUCAGUGCUGGGAGACGGCGUCCCCUGUGGCCAAGUGGAGCAGAGCACAACUCUACUGCAGGAUGAAGAACAGCAGAAAAUACAUGGGGCAGAUUCCAGCAGAGACACACUCAGUGUGAAAUCCUACCUCGAUGACCUGUUACAGUUGGAGGACACGGUGAACAUUAUGAGUGAAACAGGACAAAUGGAGAUGGCUUACAGAAAUGAAGACUACAUUACCCACAGUGCAUCAGUAUUAUCAGCAGCGAAGCUAGAGCUGCAGUCCAGAUCAGCUUCGAGCAACAAUCAGCCAGUCGCAUCAGGUGGUGUUCCUAAACCCUGCCCUGCUUCAUCCCUCGCUGACAUCACUGUCUCUCUGGACUCCGUUAAGCCCAGUCACAUUAAGCCUAUAACAGUGUUUAAUCAUCGUGGUGUCCAUGUCUCUCUGCACUUCACUAAAGAAGCUCCUCCGUCUCACCCUGAUGUUGCCGUCAUCAUCGUCUCUGCGGUUAACACUUCACCACUUCCUGUUUCUGACUUCCUCUUCCUGGCUGCCGUUCCCAAAAAUAUGUGUGUGAGGCUGCAGGCAGCUACAGGAAGCACACUGCCUCCAUACAGCCCUCUGCUGCCCCCUGCUGCCCUCUCUCAGAUACUGCUGCUCUCCAACCCACUCAGGAAGCCAGUGCGUCUGCGUUUCAGAGUGACUCUGAUUCUCGGACAGGAGCGACUGCAGCAGGAUGGGGACAUCGAUCAGUUCCCUCAGUGGAACUCUUGGAUUCACCUUUGACCUUUAACCCUUGGUCACAGUGACGCAGCAACCUGGACUAAGCAUAUGUGUGUGUUCAGACAAUAAGAUCAUCAGUACGCCAACAAACAUUGUGUUUAAACAAAUUGUGUAUUGAACAAACUGCUGGAAUAAAUCCCAAUAUGUGUGAUAUUGCCAGGUGUGUGUGUAUGUGAGGAUUAUGACACACCAGCACAGAUUAUUUAUUCAACACAUUGAUAGUUGUGUAUGUGUGCAUUUAGGAGUUACAUUUGACUUUCUGUUGCCAAAGUAUUCAUUGUUAAACAUUAUUGUGGUUGUUGUGUGUGUGUGUAUUUGCUGAAAUAAAGAAGAGAAACUUGAUCAAA